GUUUCGCAAACACAACUCUGGCUUUUGGGGCUUAUCGUCGCAAAGUGUCGGCGGGGACUCUUCUCUCAUGUUGGCGAGCGGAACUAGACAACGAGACGAGAGCAGACGAGAGAGCUGAGCAGAAAGCGGUGAAAACACUCCUUUCUGUGUUUGCAUCGCGAUUUUUUGCCGCAAGACGGCAACUUGAGAUUCAUGAAGCCGUUGGUUGGGAGAAAUCUGCUGUUUUGUAGCGAGCUCUUCACCGCGUUAAUGCGGCAAUGCCGCAGUGUCUGCCAGAAGCGCGCCGUAGUCAUUCAUUCCUCCACAGUGGAUAGGGAGGCUUUGCCGGUCUGAAAACGGCUAAAAACGCCCCACAGACAUAACGCGUUUGUCCUUUUCUCAGUAGCUGUAUAGUUUCCUCCCAGUAAAGUGGCAAACUGGAGUCUUCUAGGGACGUAGACGGGCGAGAUGUGAGUGCGGAUACCCGCCCCUCAGCUAUUUUCGCGGACUCGAGGCACCAGGCUGUACUUUCGUCUGUGUUCUCUUGCAGUUUACCGCUUCCGCUGUCCUUCCCGGGUUCGUCUCCAAAGCGUUGGCUUUUUAACCAUCGAGGUGUUUUAAUGUUAACUCACUACAGACCAUGGGAGCGAAGACAAUCUAUUAUGUAACUCCGUUCAUAGAAAGCAAAAUGCUUUCACGCUUGUUGCACGCUAUCAUGUGCCGCAGCCCUUGGUAACAACGUCUUGUUUAAGACCUCCCUCUGUUCCUUCAAUUGUUUGACUCUAUCGUCUGCGUUUCUUUUCUGGAUAACGCAUGUGCAAGAGAUUAUCGCCUUUCUUCCUGCAUUUGAGGUAUCAAAUCGCCUCUGUAGCGGAAUCGCUCUCCAAACCUAAAGUCAAGCGGUCUUUCAGCGCCAGCUUUUCACGUCGGCAUUCAAUUUUUUUCCCCUGUUACGUGCAGUUCUAGCUGUCUACAUCUCCGUGGCGGCUCGCACGCUGAAAGAUUUCGGUUCCGGACGCGGCGUGUGCCUGCCGUUCCAUUCUGCUCCAGAAAUUUGCAGAGAAUUACUGAUUGGAGUGUGCACACAAGCGAGUGGACAGUCGCCUCGGUGCUGCUAAGCCGUUGGUUUCUUUUCGCUACUCUGAAACCCCUUUAUUUCUGUGGGCCUCCAAGUGCUAGUUGACUUUUUCCGUAAUGCAUGCAGUGGGAAAGUGUCGUUGUUUUUACACACUGGAUGGUGCGGCUUUGCGUCCUACCACGGAAUGGACGCUCCCUGCGAGGCAGAAGCGGCCGACGCGCGUUGCCCUGUCCCGGUGGGGACGGUGCUGAAGAAUCCAGGUGCAUCGCGAGUUCGUUCGGGGUCGAUCUAUGAACGAAAAAUGGAGCGACGGAGGCCGACAGCCCUCAAGGCCCCAGUCGAGAAACGCCAGCCGGUUGAUCGGAUGAGGGAAAAGGAAAUCGAUGACGAACAGACAUAUCCUCCAACGCGCAUCUCCCAGGAACACGUGUAUCGGGAGGAAGGAGCUCACGCAGCGCGCGAAGACGUGGACACCAACUAUUUCUGCGGAGAGGCUACCGCCGUCGGAAAUGAAGGAAACGGGGGAAAUCUAGAUCGGGCCUAUGAUGACCAGACCGUCAGUGUGGAUGGGACAGGAGGAGAGUCGAGAGAUGGGCGGGACACACCCGAUGCCGCCGCGUUGUUGCUAGAGCUCGUUGCUAAGGAGCAAGAACUUCUGGCCUUGCAGCAGGAAAAUGAGCAACUUCGCGAGGACCUCGCAGAUGCCGCAAAUGACGGUGAGGCUGACAUCGGCCAGUUGAGGGCACAGUUUGCUCAGCGGUUGAAGGCUCAGCAGGAGGCGGCGUCUGCCGCUGCAGCGGAACUGGUGCAGGAAAUCGAAGCCGCGCGCAUGGCGGCUGCGGAAGCGGAGCGUGGAAGGGAGGCUUUACAGGAGGAGAUGCUCCGCGCAGAACGGGCACUUUCUCAGUUGAUUCAGCAGGUCGACGACGCGGAGCAAUCUGAGGCACGACUGGUGAAAGAAGUGGAAGAUCUUCGCAUUCACCAGCGCGAAGUGGAAGCCGCUCUAGGGUCCCAGUUGGGCAGUGCACGGCAGCAAGUAGCGGCUCUUCGGGAGGAAAAGGAGGCAGCGGAGCGGAGGUAUCGGCGCGCCGUGGAAGCAGAGUCGAACCUGGCGCGGGAACUUCGGCAGAUGCAGGAUCAGAGACAAUCCGUGGAGAUGCAGCUCGCUGUCGAGCGGGAACUUUGCCAGUUCGAAGCAGAGAAGUGCAGGUCAGAGCAGGUCGAGUGGCAAGAGCAACUGAAUGCGCGGGCGCGGGAGACAGAGUCUCUGUGGCAGGCGGAGCGCCAGCGCCUGAUGCGCGACAGAGCCGAAGAAGAGAGACUCCGGGAGUUGCUGAAGGCUGCCGAUGAGGAGUUGGAGCGCUACAGGAAAAAGGAGGAACAGCGCCGCCAGGAGCUUCAGGAAGGAGCAGAAACAGAGGCGCUGUUGAAUCAGGAGAUAGCUCGACUCCGCGACAGGCACAACGUGCGUGAGAAGGAACUCGUACGGCAGCUCGAAGUUGCGCAGAAAGAAGUUGCUCUUCUGGAAAGUGAGACGCAACUGUUGAAGCAAACUCUAAAGGACAGUCAUGCGCUGGAGAAAAACCUUGCUAGCACUCUGGAGAAGUUGCAGAAGGAGGUCGCGCUGAAGGCCGUAGAGCUCGACAGUCAGAAGACUUUCUUCGAAGUCGAGCGGACACGGCUGCAGGGCGAGCAGGCAGAGGCUGAGAAGAAGCUGACUAAGUGUGCGGAAUUGACAGAGUGUACCCGUACUGAGCUUGAACAAUUUAAACUCGAACACGCAAGAGAACAGAAAAGCCUUCAGGAACAACUGCAAGCCGCGGAGACCGUCGCACGCCAAUUGCGGCAACAAAUGGUUAACAUGCAGCGGGAAACGGAUGGUCGAAUUGCUGAAAUAUCGCAGCAGCUGUGCCGUGAAAUUGAGUUUGUUAGCCUUCAGAAAGCGGAGGUGGAAUCAGCUGCUGAAGAACGUGUUCGUUUUCUCGAAACACAAGUCGCCACCCUUCAACGGGAGCGCGCAGAAGCGGAGCAAGAACUUCAGCGCCGGUCGCAAAUCGAGGAUCGUGACCUCAAGGAUGUCGAGGCAAUCCUUCGAGAGAGAGAGGCUUCCGACCAACAAGCCCGCCAGAAAAUCGCCUCUCUUGAAGCCGAGCGCACUCAACUCCAACGCGAUAUCCAAAAAGCUGAGUGGAGUGCCCGCGAGCAGGAAUUAGCGAAGUUGGCGCUUAAGCGCGAACUUGCUAACCUACAGAAGAGAACGGCGGCUCAGAAGGAGCUGGAACAGCGUGUCAUUUUUCAGGAAAAGGAGCUCGAGCGUCUCCUGCAGCUGAAUGAGCCAUAUCAGUUCGCUCCGCGAACGCACCGUCCAGGCGGCGCAGACACUGCUGAUCUUUUAAGGCAGAACGAGGCACAGCAGCACUCGUUUGUGGAAUCUCUCGCAAGCAACUCGUGUGACGGCUCCACUGAACUACUCGAUGAAGCAUGUAGGAAAGUGAAUGGCGUCGUUCCUCCGGAGAAGGGAACAGACGGCGGGCAUCAGCAGGACCUGCAUCUGGGAUACAUCGAGGCAGACAACCGUCCGAAUCAGGAGUGCUCGGCAGCAUGUGGCAGUCCAACGGUGUCUUCAGCACGGGAGCCAGAGAUGUCGCCGGGAAACAUCGGCAUGCGCUCAGGAUGGGACGCAGCGGCAGCGGAGAGACUCGCGCAGGGUGCUGGGGUGGCUGGGCAGUUGUCUCAGCAUUCAGAGGGACCGGGGUUGGUGGGUGCGAGCGUGGCGUCGACAAGGGAGAGAUUGGACACUGGAAGGUCGGACGCAAAGGGGCAGUGGAAAGAGAAUUUGGGGGCUCCGGUUGCUCACCAGUGCUGGUCGAGAAGGCCUUCGUCAGCUCGGAUGGUGCAGGCUGACAACGCGACGUUUCGUGCUUCGGAUGGACGAUCCUUUUCACAUUCCUACUCAGAGACGAUUUGCUCAGAGGCAGAUGCGUCGCCUCUCUCAAACAGCCGGAAGGCGUCGGCGAGCUUUCACCGCGCCUCCUGUGACUUCCUUCAACAGGAAGUGGUACGCCUUUCGAAAGCGUACACCCAGGCCUGCGAAGCUCUCGAAGAGGCGCAGCAGAAACGAAGAGGCGACGGGCAACGCCUGGAGUGUCUUCUUCUCGAAUUAGAAGACGGAGGAAGCCGGACACGUCGCGACCCGGUCGCAUGGGAUGCCGAAACUGGUAAUCCGGAGCACGAGCAAGAAUCGAACCUGGGUGUUGACGAAAGUCAUCAUCCGCCCGCUUCCGGUAGUGCUUCUGCGCAAGUCGUCCAGAACCAGGAGGCUCUACAGGACUUGAAACAAUUGCUGGCUAGCGAAAUCGGCUACGCAGGGACCAGCGACGGAGUUCUUCGCGCUGCAGUUUCCACUUUGAAGACACUGUUGCAGAGGAAAAUCGAGCUGCCGGUAACUGGAACUGGAGACGCUGAACGCAACCAGACCCCUGUCGUGAACUCUACCAUCGGUUUGUUCUAUCGAACUAUCGAACUACCUCAGCAAGAGGAAAAGGGAGAGAUACCGAGACCCCUGAAAGACGGCACCCUGCGGGAAUGGCCUUCGCCAAAACCUGUGAGACUCAGAUUAGGAGCAGCGAAACUCGAGAACGCGACUUGCGCAGAAACGAUUUCGGGGACUCACGGUUUUUCUCUUACGCACCCACACGUUGGGGAUUCGACUUUGACGUCAUCCGCUACCGUGCAGCCACCCGAAGAACUGCCCUGCCAUGCACGAACAGUGGUUCAAGAACAGUUGUUUUACAAGGGAAGUCAAGGAGGCGGAUCGGAAGCUGCUUCGCGUGAUUCGUGUGGAGCCCGCAGACCUGCUUCGAGUGAUUCAUCGAACGAAAACCCAGGACGCCUUCAGAAUCCCCUAGGGUGUCCCGAUUUGAGACUUGAGGCGGUGCCUGGGCAGUCCAGGAGCGCUGAAAGAACGAGCGAGCACUCAGUAGUUGUAGCCAGGAACCAUCCAGAUGGAGACGCGGGAUUGGUCCCGUGCGCUUCAGAGCACGAAGGGUCCCUGCGGCCCAGUGGCACGUUUGUACGGACUGGCAGUUUGCAGACGUCGGCGACUGCCUGUCGCGCGCCCGUAUCUGAGGCGGACCAGAAGCAUCGUUUUGAUGCGCGUGGGUGUCAAGGGUUGGCCAGAAGAGAUACAGAGAAGAAGGCGCACCUGGCCACGGGCGGUACCGGUUCGAACAAUGAAGAGACUCUUCAGUCUUCCGGCUUAUGCACAACACAGUUCUUCUCCAUUGCUGACGAGUGCGUAGACGUGCUAGCUCUUCAGCAGCUGCUACAAGAGCGCGAGGAUGAAGUGUCCGCCCUCGAAGACGCGCUGGAACAGUCGCAACGGAGGGAAGCUACUCUGUUGGGCCGGUUGGAAGAGGCAGAACGACUCCUCGGAACUCUGCAUCGAUGCUCCGUCGCAGCUGAGCAACGCGGUGAUGCGGCAGCAGAAGUGUGGGCGGCCUUGCUGUCUAGACAGCUCCACGACGACAACCCUACGGUGGAUCUUCCGGCACUGACUGGCGACGGACCUAAUGAAAAGGAAGGACGAGAAGUGGGUGAGCUGGACGAUUUUCAAGACAGCAAGUCAGUCGACCGUGCUGUUAGGCACCAGCUAUUGGAAAGUGACAAUGCGAGCGUCUCUCCAUGUGGAAGAGAAGAAUCUUCUGCAGAGGGUCCUAGCAGGGAGAGGCUUGCCGCUUCUCGGGAAAGUGGUGAAGGUGAUUGCAAGAGUAACGUUGACGACGUCUGUGAGCAGAGCGUUGAAUCAUCAAUCCAGUAUAACAGAGAAACUGAUGGACCGAGUGCUGGCGAUGGAACUGCAAAGAGUCAAGGCUGCCCCUUCUGUGGGCUGAAGGCAUCAGAAGAGCCUGACUUGUUUUGGCUUCGUUUGGUACGUCAGGCAUGGAAGAAGUGUGCGACCAACGACCCUCAAGCCUCGAGUCAUCAUCGCCAGCAGCUGCGAUCAAGUGAUUUCUCGCUGUCAGCUGGUGAAGAUCCGGCGCCCACAUAUGAUUGUAUGGGAAAUGUUUUGCCCGUCCUACAUGGGCCAUCACACAGACCAGCUGAGAGCGAUAUUCCUGAUGGUGGCCGCGUCUCUCUCGUCAUCCCGGCGCUGCCACGUCAUUUAACGCUUUGUGAAAUGUCAACAGGAAACGGCACGCCAGGCUCGAAUCUGAGAACCGGUGUGCCCGGUCUCUUGUCGACAGAGCUACAAUUUGCGGCAGUCCCGCAGAUGGCUCUGGAACGCCGCAGUGUCCGGCUUCUCCCGGCAGACAGUUCGGAAGCUCUAAGAUUAUCUAAUAGGCAGGUUGAACACGCAGGGUCCUCCCGAGUUGACGGUGCAUCUAUAUGUACUUCGUCGACAGGUGAAACAAUGUUCAGGUUCGAGGUCUGCAUGUCUGACAGGGAUGACGAUAACGCUCAGCAGUCUUCCUUCCUUUCGGUCGUUUUGAUGAGGCAAUCUGAAGACUCUCACGAGGACGAAGUCGCAGCAAUGGCAAAUGCUGCCGGAGUCAGGGAAGUCCCGAAACGGAUUCCCAUUCGCUUGACCCUUGAAAAUAGUGGAAACUGUGAUAAAAGUUUGUUCCGCCUGUACAGGAAACAUGCCGAUGUGGGUGUGGUCGAGCCUUCAGGAGUUGGGUGGGAUUCAGUGUUGCCAAAUGUGUGGGAUGCUGGAAAUCCAGUCUACCUACAGCACGUUGGUACACAGUUGUUCCUUGCCGUAUCUGGAAUUCAACUGAUGGAUUCCGCCUCCGAGGCAACUCUCGACGUUCUGGUGCGGCGGGCCAGGUCGGCGAAUACCUUCUGCUGCAGUUCGAACGUCGUAACACUAGAUUCUUCAGAGCAGCCAAAAAUGGGAAGUGGGGACGAUCAGCCACGGCAUCCGGACCCAUGUUAUUUUGGAACCGAAAAUCUCGCCGACGCCACCCCCUUUCUGCUCGUAUCUGCCUCGAAAGUGACAGAGAGAGAGGUAUGCAUGCCAAUCGGGGCAGAAGGAGCACCGAAAUUUGAGCACGUAAGGUGGUAUGGGAAGGUCACGACUGCGAGGCCACCGUGUCUGUUUUAUACCCAGAGGUGCUUGGGCUGGCCGGCACGUGAUCGAGUGCUGUGUAUAAGAAGUUGUCACCCCCAAUGGGUGUUGUGGUUUACGGUCUGCUUGUGGUUUGUGUUACCUGGUAUAAUGAGAGCGAGGAAUGGCGUUUUUCUUGUCAGUUUUCACUAUGUCCUACGUCGCGAAUCUGUUUCUUGCGAAACGGAUCUUCCCGCUCUCUUUUUGGCACUCCUGUUUGUUUAUUUGUAGGCGGUUUUGGACGCAGCGGCUCGUAUAGGCUCCCCGCACCUAACGUCGAGCCUUUCAUGUCUUCAGUUCGCCUUUCUUGCUACUCGUCUCAGAGGCACAGCAGUGAAGGAACGUUCCGACUACCACCCUUGUCCUCUCUGCGAUGGAACGCCUCUUUCAGACUGUGGCAGAAAAAUUGGCGUUGAGUCUGGGCAGUUCGAGGAUGAUAGAGACGACUGGGUUCACGUGGCGGAGGCUUCUUGCGGCGAAAGUCGAUAUGGAGGGCAUACGGGACGUCAAGCGGAAGAACUGUGGAGUGUGUGGUGCGGCGCUGUUAUGUAGCCCAUGGAUGGGUUUUUGCUUUGAAACAUGGGAGUACAUUUGCUUUAUGUUUUAAGUCACUUUUUAACGUCGUCAGGGGCACAACUCAACGAAGCAACUGUACGGCAGUUGCGGUUCUAGUUUUUCAAGAAAGACGUAUUUUAGGUUGCGA